AUGACUGCGCCUGAGGCUUUCAUAUGGACGUCGUAUGAUCAGAUUUUGGGUCAGUUGCCGGCGUUUUGUAGGGCUAGUGAGCACAUGUGGACUGCACGGGGUCCAUUGAUCCAUAUGGACAUCGUUGAGCAUCACGCACCCGACCGUGUAUUACGGCAGUUUGGGCAUGUGCAGAACAUACCCGCGGCUACACAUUGGGAGCACUACCACUACACCAGGGACGAGCGUUCGAUCGACAGUGCGGCAUGGCGGGCGCGUAUGCACCAGGAAGUCAAUGCAUGGAACGCGAGGAUGACGACUCUAGCGGCGGUCGGACAUGACACUCCGGUCCAUGAGUACAUGACUUGGUAUAUGCAUAUCACUCGCACCUUGAUUGCCAACCCCUUGACGUCGCGUCCUGAUGGCCGAGAAUAUGCAUCACUCUCAGGAGCGUACGAAGUGCUGCUACGGAUGACUCUGAUGAUACGCUAUGAGAGCAUUCCCCUUACGGAGUCCACCGACCCCGGGAUAGCGGCAUAUGCGGCACGGAUAGUUCAUCUUACCGACACUGGUAUGACACAGGCACAGGAGUGGCAUCGUGUCGAUGAGGAUGUACCAGAGGGUGUUCCUGAGGGUGGUAGGGCUGAUAGAGGUGGGCGGGCUGGCAGAGGUGGUCGGGGCGAGAGGUCAGUGGCGGAGGUGGCAUCAUUUCCGCAGGUGCCAGUUGGUGAUCUACAUAUGGGAGGCGGAGAUGAGGACUUGGAUAUUAUUUUCGAUGACUACUUUCUUCGUUCUACAGCCGGGCCUACGGCACCAUCUGCAUCUCCGGCUCCGCGGGCCGCUCAGGAGCCCUCUCACAUGCCAUCUCAGGAGCCGUCGACACACAGGUUCAUUCUUUUUGCGCCUGUGGACCCGUCUCCGCCUGUCCAGAUUGACCCGUCUCCACCUCCGACUACGGCCCGGGUUCAUUCUUCUACUCCUGUGGUCCAGUCUCCUCCGAUUGAGUCAUCUCCUGAGGCAUCUACAGAGGCUACUUAG